AGAGAACGCUUAUCAGGCAAAGCUGUAUUGUGAGAAUUACUUAAAAACAAAGAAUGAAAGGUUACUAAUGAGACCAUAUGCAUGUGGAAGCAUCUGCUGUUGUGACUCCUGCUGCCCACCUGUUGACGCACUGGAGUACUACACUGAAGAAGAGGCGAAUUUAAGGGAAAAAGUAGAUACAGAACGCAAUGCAGCACUGAGAAGACCUGUCGGUGUAGCAUUUGUCACACUGGCAUCCACAGAUGCUGCUCAGAAGGUCUUUGAAGAACACAAAGCUACAUUACAGUGUGCUAGCAAUCCUCCUCAUUCAACUCUAAGCAAGCAACUGAGAAUCAGCGAGUGGAGAGUUCAGUUCACGCCAUCACCAAAAGAUAUUUUCUGGGAAAAUUUGUCAGUGCAAUCAAACUAUUGGUACAUCAAGGCCACACUAGUAAAUUUCUUCCUUUUCUUUUCACUGUUUUUCUUGACAACACCGGCGAUUAUGGUUAAAAUGAUGGAGACCUUCCACGUUUCAGAUGAAAUUGGCAAAAUG